UCAAUUGUCCAAAAUUGUCUUGCAAAUUGUCAAACCCAUUAGUUCGCAUCUAUGAGCCACCUCACCAUCCGCAACCCCAAUAACACCAAGCUGGCAGUGGUGUAUGUCGGCCGGGAGUCCACAGAUUAUGUCAAAAAGGGCGAUGUCCUGACAUACCUCUCCAUCCUCACGGGCACGCCCCUUCCCGUCCUUACCGAGCAUUACAUCCUCCAAAAAGGCAUAAAGCCGUCCGGCACAACAGCUGCCACCGGUGACUUACGUUCCGGUCACCAUGUCAUCUUCCCGAAAUCUCCGAGCCAUCCUCAACUUCAACCUGUCGGAGGACCAUCUCCCACCCUUUUCCCACCGAAAAAGCCGUCGUCGAAACCCCCGAGCCAAACCGACCUAACCACCGCUGUCGGAGCUCUCUCGCUGGAAGACGCAACCAGGGAGGAUGAGUCCGACCCCACUCCGGAAGAGGUGCAACGAUACGCCAUGUUCACGCUUUCUCUCGCCCUCCGGGACCGACGCUGUGUGGUGACAGGAAACGCACAUCCCAACCUCUUGGUCGGCGCCCACAUCAUCCCCCACAGCUGGAAGCGACGUCAAUACAUCGGGCUUCCGCAAGAGAUCACGGAGGUGCUCUCACUGGGUUACGAGGAGAUGGGCGUGAACGAUUUUCGCAACGGUGCCUUGAUGGACUCGGCUGUCCACACUGCAUUUGGCUUGCAGUACUGGUCGGUCGUGUGGGAGGAUACUACAAAGAAAUGGCGCGUAGUGGCGAUGUCGAAGGAGGUCCCGGCUGGGUUGGUGGGCAAAUACCUAUUGAGCCCAGACCCAGGUGUGGCAGCCGACGGGGGGAGCUACGAGGACUCAUUCAUCAACCCUGAAUUCCUAGAGUAUCACUUCAAAACGGCGGUACUAAGACGUAUGAAAGGGGGAGGGGAAAUAGAUGACUUGGGGGACAAGCCUACGCAAGAUGUAAUCAAGGUUUGGUCGGAUGACCAGACCUUUGCUAGAUACGUCGCAUCGGGCGGGGAUUGGUCAGAAGCGGUGGAAUGAGAUGGAGAGUGUGAUGGUGAUUUAUAUAGUGUGUAUACGUGUACAGCUUUAAUCGAGAAUGACCAUGGGAUGCG